AAUAUCCUGUGUUUUCCAGAUCCAGAUACAUGAUGCCGACUUUGAUGAUUUUGUAGACCUUGAAGAAGGAACACGAGUGCCUGACAAAGCCAAACUGAAAGUGGCCAGAAAAGUGGCCAUUCCUACUGAUGAUACAAGCUCCUUUGAUGCCAUCUCUCUCAACCUGCCAAGUGGCUCCUCUAGUGUGUGCUCUCCUGGCGAGCAUGAGGUGGUUACGGUACCCCUGCACAACAAACAAGACUAUCUGGAAUUUAAGCUCCCAAGUUUUCAUCCUUAUGAGAAGGUGCUCGACAGUGGAACCCCUAUUAGUAGUUCGCUUCGGCGAUUUGUUGUGGACAAGCUAUUUCAAGAUUGCUACAAGACUGCAUGGAUUCGUGGGUAUUGGCCAUUCGAAACAAGUUCAAAAACAUGCGCAAAAAGGUAGAGUGCUGCACAGAGGGAAUGGAGGAAAUCAAGAAGUUCUUGCACAAGGCUGCUACCAGGACGUUGGGCCCCGAGGAAGGCACAAGCAAAAAAAUCUCGCGCUUGUCUGUGACCACCUUGUUGUUCACGGCGAGACUGCGGAGUCGAUGGCGAGGCAUACAGACUGGCUGAAAGCCAAUGCAACAACGUCUGAUGACACUGAGCUCCGGCCGCGGCUUUUGGCAACAGCCAGAGCACGUCGGGAGCAGCUGCGGACUGUGAAUGUCACAGAAGCAUUGCUUCUUUUUCCUUUCUUGUCAACCGAGGCAUCGCUGCUUAUGGAGUUUGAUAUACUCUUCAAAUGCGACAUCCUCAACAACAUGGAAGCAGGACUGGCCCACUUGCUGAAUGUCUUCCUCAAGAAUGGAAAAGAAGAGGAAAUAGCCACGCUAUCAGCAGCUUCUGGUAAAUUUAGACUUUUAUGUACUCUUGUAUAUAUUACAUUCACACGGUGCAUUUGCCACUGCAAUUUUAAUUAUGACAUGUGA